GUAACAUUGUAAUAUUUGUGAGAAGUUGGGGUCUCCGUGGGCAUUGUGAGCCAGGUAGUGGGUUAGGAGGUCAGAAGGAGAUCCCUUCCAGAGUGCUAGGCAGAGAUGGGUCCGCUCAGGGCCCAACAGCUGUCUGCAGAGCUGGAGGUGGAGAUGAUGGCCGAUAUGUACGACAGAAUGACCAGUGCCUACCACCGGAGGUGUGUGCCUCCUCACUACAAGGAAGCAGAGCUGUCCAAGGGCAAGUCUGUGUGCCUGGACCGAUGUGUGUCUAAGUACCUGGGCAUCCAUGAGCGCAUGGGCAAAAAGCUGACAGAGUUGUCUAUGCAGGCUGAAGAGCUGAUAAAGAGGGUGCAGCAGAGCUCUGGGCCCGAGGGAGGUCCCAGUCAGUAUACACCCUGGGCUACACCCCACCCCUCCCCACAUGAAUAAAAGUGCCCCCUGUUGGGUGUCAUCUGUGAGGACUGCCAGGCCCAGGCUCUUGGUAGAGAGUCUUCAAGAUCCCAGAGUGGUAGUGCUUUCUCCUGGUGAAGGAGUAUUUGUCACACUGGAAUGUGACUGUGUGUGUAUGUAUGUGUAUAUAUUAUAUAUAAUAUAUGACUUUAUUGACACCUAC